AUGUGCGAGGCACCAACCCUGGCCCUGAAACAGGAAGAGCCGUGGGUGACAUGGUAUGAAGAGGAAGUGUCACUAAGGGCCACCGCUGAGAAUGAAUUUGCGGCCCCGAAGAAGGAUGUGGACUGCGGCUACCUGCAAAAGUCAGACCUGGAGGCCAGUGCAGAGGCCCUGACCCAGAUCGACUUCCUGCAGCAGCUGUUUAAAGAGGAGCUCCAAGUCCUCCAUGCCCACAUCUCAGGCACCUCAGUCAUCGUCAAGGUGGACAACAGCCGGGACCUGAACGUGGACUGCAUUGUCGCCGAGAUCAAGGCUCAGUACGAUGACAUGGCCAGCCGCAGCCGGGCUGAGGCUGAGUCCUGGUACCCCAGCAAAUGCAAGGAGAUCAAGGCCACGGUGAUCCGUCGUGGGGAGACCCUGCGCCGCACCAAGGAGGAGAUCAACGAGCUGAACCGCAUGAUCCAGAGGCUGACGGCUGAGGUUGAGAAUGCCAAGUGCCGGAACUCCAAGCUGGAGGCUGCCAUGCCCGAGGCAGAGCAGCAGGGCGAGGCGGCCCUUAAUGAUGCCCGCUGCAAGCUGGCCGGGCUGGAGGAGGCCCUGCAGAAGGCCAAGCAGGACAUGGCCUGCCUGCUCAAGGAGUACCAGGAGGUGAUGAACUCCAAGCUGGGCCUGGACGUGGAGAUCGCCACCUACAGGCACCUGCUGGAGGGCGAGGAGCAGAGGUUGUUUAAGGGCAUUGGUGCUGUAAAUGUCUGUGUCAGCAGCUCCCGGGGCGGGGUCGUCUGCGGGGACCUCUGCGUGUCGGGCUCCCGGCCGGUGACGGGCAGCAUCUGCAGUGCCCGCUGCAGCGGGAACCUGGGGGUGAGCACCGGCAUGUGCUCGCCCUGCGGCCAAAGCAGUGGCGGCAGCCAGCUGGUGCGGUUUGCUUGGUGCCUUCUGCUUCGUAAAUACACCGCUCCUCGAGCCAACCGUCCCUGCCUCCGGCGGCGGGUCCCAGAGCUCCGAAAGCCCCUGGGCUUGCGGCGGAAGGGCUUCAGGAACCAGCCGGCCUGA